AUGCCAGCCUACCACUCCACCUUUCUCAACGAAUCGUCGGAGAGAACCGUCGGCAACAUUGUGUUAUUGCCAAUCCAUACUCAGUACCGUGGUCCUUCGUAUCCGCCAACCUCCGAGUACGAUAUUAUCGAGGAAACUCUUGACUUGUUUAGAGCAAAUUCCUUUUUCAAGAACUUCGACAUCAAGGGCCCUGCCGACCGUUUGCUCAUCUACGGUAUCUUGUUUGUCAGUGAUUGUUUGUCCAAGUUGAAUGCCAGAACUACCUACAAGGAGGCUGUGCGGGCACUAAAUAACUUGGCCUUGGACUCUUUUGCUUUGCCAGGUGACAUUGGCUUCCCAUUGAAUGCGCUUUACCAGGCUCCAGGCAACAAAAACGAAGCUGAUUUAUUGCGUGGUUACUUGCAGCAGUUCCGCCAGGAGUUAGCUGACCGUUUAUUGAAGAGAAUCUAUGCGGAUGACGAGAACGUUCCCAGCAAGUACUGGUUAUCGUUCACUAGAAGACGGUUUAUGAACAAGAGUUUGUAG